AUGAGCAGCAGCCAAGUUUCGGAGGCGAAAGAGCGAGAUCUGGUGGAGAAAGUGGAGCUGAGGUUGGCGCUGGCUGAUAGUGCUGAAAAACUUGAGAAGAGCCUUGAUACGUUUGUGACUCCACUGCUGCUAAAACUGGCGUCACCUCAUGCUUCUGUUCGGCAAGCGGUUUUCAAUGUCCUGAAAGACGUAUUAGCAAGGUUAAACUCGCUCAAGGAAGUUAAAGUGCCAGUAAGAAAAUUGAUAGAGCAGGCUCAGAGGCCUGCAGUGCCUCCAGAGCAGGAUGAUAGCAAUGUAAGCAAUGUGAGACUGUACAGCUUGUUGCUGGCAUCCAAGGGAAUCGAUCGUUUGGACGCUGAGGAGUUACGCUUGCUGGUUCCUCUCAUCAUGAGCGGAAUCUCGCAGUUGCCUCGAAUUGCAGCGGCAAGGAUGUUUCACAUUCUAUGUAAGACGCUUCUGCGUUGGACACCACCGUUGAAGGGGUCGAAGGAAGAAGACGAAACUCGCGAGUUCCUGAGACUAGAUGAUGAGGAGGAUCUAAAGUUUCUUCUCGAGAAGUUUAUCCAGUUCCUUCUUUUAGUACCGGCAAGACCAGAUGCACGGUCGGGGAUUAUCCCCAGGGGCUAUUCAUGCCCGGGUCUGAGCUCUGAUGAUGUUUCCUUUCUCACGUACGAAGCUGGAGUAAGCUUCACCAGGGAACAAGCGCUGCGGUUUAAGUGCGCGGUCUUCAAGUUUGUCAACAGUGGGUUUGUGCCAGAGGAUAAGUUACUGACCAAGUUCCUGCUGGUUGCAUCAGCGGAUCCAAGCGAGAUAUCGGAAUCUGCCCAACAAGGCUUAAAACGAAUAUAUAUUCCUUACGAAGAUGCGGAUUUUAUCGAGUCAAUAAUAACCCUCUAUGCUGGUGAUAAACGAAGGGGUUCACCACCUGCUAAGCAGGAGCUGCAGGAAAGAAUAUUGCGCAUUCUCACCAGGAGCGUCCUGGCAACUUCAAAAGCUGAUCACGUUGCUGCUAUCAUCUCCAUAGGAAUGCAUUCUGAGAGCUACAAGCUCAGAGCACUAUGUCUUAUUUUCAUCCGUCAUGUGGCUAAGCAUAAUUAUCGUAGCUUAGCUGGGCAGCAGGAAAACAAUAUUGGAAUCGCACCACUUCUAAGGAACAACUUACAUGAUGAAGGUUGGCCCAGAUUGCAACUGGGCCAGUCGAGUUCAAUUUCCUCGGCCUCUAUCGAUCGAAGAAGAUUACAAUAUGAGACUCUAGGUGAUAUACUUAAAAGGGACUUUGAUCUUUUGCUUGACUUGUCCUAUAUUGAAUUCCUAUUAGAUUCGCUGAAGAGCGAUCUGCCUGAAUUCCGGGCAAGUAUACAAGAGGCACUAGUCUCUUUGACCCCAAGCUUGCAUCAGCUUCCCGAUACCACUAGAGAAAAGCUGAGAUUAUUGAUCCGCAAGAUAAUGAUGGAUGAAUCAGAAGAAGAUGCGGAGGAUGAUAAAGGAAAAAAAGAGGGCAUUAUGGCCUGCAAAUACGUUUGCAUCAAGUACUGUAAUGCUGCCUUCCCUUUCAAUGAUACAAAAGCCCGAAUGUUAAAUGUCUGGGGGACCUGGAGAGGUAAUAAGUUUGAUGUUAUUGAAGAGUCUUAUAAAGGACUGAAUCCAUAUUGGUUCCGAAAAAAUCAGGCCCUCAACACGACAGAAUUCAAGUCAACUGCUGACCUUCUCGCCACUGAGAUAAGGCAAUCUCCCCUCCCGUCUUUCCAAGAAUUUGUUUGCCUGAUGUUGGAUGAGCUGGAUUAUGCAUCUGACAAGCAGUCCACUAUCAUGUUUAGAACAUUGAAUGUUGCUGUUAGUUUCAGCAAACAAUGUUUGAUUUCACAAGCAAUUCACGACAGAAAGACGAUGAUAGUUCAAGAUGAGGAUUGGUCCGUACGGAUCGAAAAAGCCCUUGCUAUUGACGAAAAUGUCAGAAGCAGCGUUCUCGAUCUUCUGUCAAGAAUAGAAGAUAAUUGGCUUUUAAAGUUCUUCAGUAGGUUGUGCGCGGAGUUUACAAUUAAAAAUGAGCUCGAUAAUCAAGUUAGCCUAUUCACCUAUAAUGAUGUCGUAUUUGGCGAAACAUUGCUAGGCUUGAUACGCUUCUGCAGCAGACAUGUGUUGAGCGCUCUUCUUUUUCUGAUUCCCCAACUUAUGAAGUAUCUGCAGUCAUCGGAGACUAAUACCCACGAGAAUUUGCGAAUAGCGGCCAACACUUUAGGAAUUAUUGCUGCCAGUGUGCCAGAAUCUGAAAUUGUGCAAAAAAUAUUGGAAACUGUGGAAAUCUCCGCCGUCGAUCAAAGACUUCCCUCCCUUCUCGCUAAGUGCUAUAUCGUUCCCAGAAUAGCACUUGCAAAAAGAUUCGAUUACCCUUCUAAUAUCAUUAAUACGGUGGUCGGAAACUUAUCCGCCUUUUUGCAGAACUCAAGACACAAGAUUGCAGCAAUCAACUUAUUGGCACAGAUGAUGAAGUAUGGCACUUUGCGCUGUCUUGAUCUAAAGACGAGAUGUGAUUUCUUAUCCGAGGUUUCUGACAUCCUCGAACCUAAUCUGAUGAAAAAUGCUGAGACUAUCGAGUUGUGGGGAUACCUAUCCAUGUAUGCCGAGGAUGACCGUACAUUUGAGCUACAACUGGACAGAAUUUGGGAGACCCAUGUCUCAAAACAAGUCGAUUUGCUGUUUUCAGCGGGAGAGGCUCUGGCUAUCAUGGCAGGAGGCUGGAGGAGUAAGAUUUUACACCAGCAACUUGACUUAUCUUUUGUUCCACUGUCGUGGUUAGAAGUAAUUUACUGCAGCAAAAGGGUCCCAAUGGUUCUUGAUAGAGUCUUGAGGGACUGCGGUUCAACAAAACCCAGUCUAAGAAGGGCUUCUUGCAUAUGGCUAUUAUCGUUGGUUCAAUAUCUGAGCAGCGAACAAACGCUAAAGGAAAGAUCGGCUGAUAUUCAUUCUAAGUUUAUGAAAUUUCUUGCUGACCGUGAUGAGUUCAUCCAGGAGUCGGCGGCUAGAGGUCUUGGUCUGGUUUACGAAAUGGGUGAUGGAGACCUCAAAGAAGAGAUGGUGAAAGGCUUGUUAAAAUCCUUCACGGACAAUAAAGAAGCUAUGAACAUGGCGGCUGGAUCUGUAUCAGGAGAGACGGAGUUAUUCGAAGAAGGGGCUUUGAACACCGACGGUGGAUCCGUUAGAACGUAUAAGGACAUCCUCAAUUUAGCCUCGGACGUCGGUGACCCUUCUUUGGUUUACAAAUUUAUGUCCCUUUCCAAAAGCUCGUCAUUGUGGUCAUCAAAGAAAGGUGUUUCGUUUGGUCUCGGUGCAAUCAUGUCCAAAUCAUCUUUACAGAACCUUCUUUUGCAGGACAGGAACUUUGCCCUGAGACUCAUUCCAAAACUCUAUAUAUAUAGAUUCGAUCCCUACACGGCGGUCGCACGAUCGAUGAACGACAUCUGGAACUCUUUGGUUAGUGACUCUGCGACGGUUACUUCACACUACUUCGAUAAUAUACUCCGGGAAGCGCUAUCAGGAAUGGCCAAUAAAGAAUGGAGGGUUCGUGAAGCCAGUGCGCUGGCUCUUUUGCAGCUGGUUCAAAUGCAACCAAACAAGAAAUUUGCACAAAACCUUUUGGAGAUCUGGACUUUGGCAUUCAGAGCAAUGGAUGAUAUCAAAGAGAGUGUUCGAGAAGCGGGCACAAAAUUGACGACUGUCCUUUCUAAAAUACUGGCGCGAUCCAUCAAUGUCAAAGACGGUAUUAAAUCUGAGGAUGCCGAGAGUAUUCUUUCGCAACUUUUACCAUUCUUCUUAGGGCCUAAAGGGCUAAACAAUGACGCUGAAGAGGUGCAGCACUUUGCAAUGAAGACUUUAUUAGAAUUGAUCGAGAAUUCCGGAGACGCGAUGAAACCAUUCGCUAUAAAUCUAGUUUAUGAUCUUACACUUCUCUUCUCGUCUAUUGAGCCACAAGCUAUCAAUUACUUGUCCCUAAACGCUAAUAACUUCAAUGUUGACGCGAAAGCAAUUGAUUACCUCAGGAGAAGUGGUGUUGGCAAAUCUCCCCUGAUGAAUGCAAUAGAGAAACUUAUCAAUGAAUCAGAUGAAACUUUAAUGGAUGGUCAUGUAGCUGGCGCUAUCAAAGCGGCUAAAAAUGCUGUUGGCUUGCCGUCUAAAGUAGCAGUAUCGCUGGUAUUCAACUUACUAGUGAAAAAAUACUCACUGUCUCUGAAACCGUUGGCUGGAAAGCUGCUAAAGUCAUGCAUUACUUCAUUCGAAGGUAGAAAUCCUUCCGUGAAGGCUGCCUUCGCUGUCACCUUCGGUCAUGUUUUUCGAGUGACUACUUUAGACAAAGCUGUUAAGUAUAGCAAGCAGCUGGAAAAUAUCUAUUUCGCUGGAGAUACUGAUUCCAAAGUUAUCGUUGCGACAGCCAUUGAAUCAGUCCUCAAGCAUGCACCAUCGGAAUUCGAGAAUGUUGCAAGUAUAAUAAUGCCAUUGUUGUUCCUCGCAUCCAACGAUGCAGACAAAGAGGUUAGCUCACAUUGCGAGAACAUAUGGACGGAGGCUUCGACACAGGGCUCAGGUUCUGUAAUGCUAUACCUCGAUGAGAUUCUUGAUCUGCUGAAUAAUCACAUCGAAUCUAAUGACUUUUCUGUUCGGAAAACAUGCGGCCAAUCGAUAUCAGUAUUAUGUGGCAAGGUUGACCGCUCCAUGAGCGAAAAGCACAUCAAGAAGUUAUUUGAUAUAACUGUUCAUUCACUUUCUGGAAGAUCGUGGGAAGGCAAAGAGAUAAUUUUGGAUUCUCUGCAGACUCUAGCCAGCAAAUUUCGAGAUCAUAUAGCGAAAGAUGUACAGCUGAGGGAAAGGCUCAACGAGGUAUUCUAUACCGAGAUAUCUCGCAAGAAUAUGGCGUAUGUUAGUAAUGCCUUUUUCCCUACUGGUGAUUUUAUCUUCAACUUUCCGAAUGAGAGAUUAAUUAAAAAGAUUAUCGAUAUUGCCGGCAUACUACUGGCUAGAAGCAGCGGGAAUGGGACUGAAACCGAUACUGAUGAAGGCCAGUCAAGCAAGAGAGUUAAAGCCGACUCAGAAAUCAGUAGAAGAUCGUCAAAGCAAAACAUCGAGGAUGAAGUUCAGCAUAUCAAAAUUCUGAAGAAAUGCUCAAAGAUUUGCAAGCUAUCGGAGGAAGACGGCUUGUAUCCUUUUAAUCUGCUCAACUUCAUCAUAGAGCAUACGACGGAUGCUUUCAACAACAAAUCUGUGCUCUACACUUGGAGAACUCAGGUUGCCGCUGCAGAAAUUGGCAUAGAAUUAACACAGCAUUUGACUACAAGUAUAGUCAGCUCUGACGUGAAACAAUUGAUGCUGCGUUUCUGGAGUCAGCUAUUUUUAUACAAUGGAACGAAAGAGACAAUAGAGAACGCCCAGCUACCAACUAUAAAGUUUGGAGACAUCUUGAGAAGACGAAUCCCGGACCUGAAACAGCAAAUUGAUGCUGAUCUUAGAAGCCUCGGAGAUAUUAAUCCAACAUCGAGAAUUGAGCUCGAGCUACAGAAGAUUGGCAUAUAUUGA